UCUGCGGUUUGAUUUGUGUAAGUUAAGUAGCAGGACAGUUUUAGCCGUAAAAUUGUGUCUCUGAAGGCGACGAGGAGCCUGACGGAGGUGGUGGUGCUGUUGUGCUGUGCUGUGCUGUAGUUCAUAGGUUGGCAAAGCCUGGACGAGGAUAUUUUUUUCUGUCGAGAAGAGAGAAGCGAUGGUCACAAACCAGCUGCCAGGCUCCAGGAGCGGUGUGGUGAGGAGUCGCUUUAGUGAAGACCAUCUCUCUCGGUCGACGAUUUUCCUCCGCAAGUUUGUAGACCUCAUUGCCGUCUUCUUCCUUUCCUUUCCCAACCUUACUUUCAUAAGCGGUGUAGAGGAGUCCAGCACCUAGGGUUGUGAUUUCAGAGAGGAGAGUAUUGGAGACAAGAGAGUCCGAGAGAGCACGUGCGAGUGAGAAGCAGCAGCUGAGGCACCGUGGUUUCUGAAACUCGUCCGUGAUGAAUUUCUGGCUCUGCAUGCGCGCCUCGUCGUUCCUUUCGUUCAGAUAUUAUCCAUUGUGGAGCAGGAAGUCUACCUGGUAGACUAAGGGAGCGCCAGCUGAGAAGGAGCGGAAGCUGUUAUACGCUUGGUGAUGAAGUUGAUGCGAAAAGUGAGGCCCUGGGGGGGAAUGGGGGAAUGGUUGGCGGCGGCGGGAACAGAAUGGGGGAAUGGUGGGCGGCUACUGAACCCCAGAGCAGUCACAGCAAAGCAGGUGCACAUAUGGACAACUACGAAGGUUCUAGGAACCUGAAUGAAAAGCUCCACCCAAGUAAACAAAGAUUACUGGUGGUUGCCAAUCGCCUUCCUGUUUCUGCAAUUCGCCUGGAGGGGGACAAGUGGGAUUUGCAGUUGAGUGCCGGGGGGCUCGUGAGUGCACUCUUGGGUGUGAAGCAUAGUUUCGAAACAAGGUGGAUUGGAUGGCCAGGUGUCAGUGUGCAUGAUGAGAAAGGGCGUGCUUCGUUGACGGAGGCAUUAGCUUUGAAGGGUUGCGUUCCAGUGUUUCUAGACGAUGAUACGGUAGAUCAAUAUUACAAUGGCUACUGCAACAAUGUGCUUUGGCCUCUCUUCCACUACAUUGGACUGCCUCAGGCGGAUCGGCUCGCUGCAACCAGGAGCUUGGAUUCGCAAUUUCAAGCUUAUCAGCACGCAAAUAGUUUGUUCGCUAAGAUUGUUUUUUCACAAUAUCAAGAGGGUGAUGUGGUCUGGUGUCACGAUUACCACCUCAUGUGCCUCCCACAAAAAUUGAAGGAGUUAAAUCCUCACAUGAAAGUGGGAUGGUUCUUGCACACACCAUUCCCUUCCUCUGAAAUAUAUCGGACUUUGCCACUACGUUCAGAGUUAUUGAAGGCUGUGCUCACUGCAGAUCUCAUUGGAUUUCAUACUUAUGACUACGCAAGACAUUUUGUGAGCGCAUGUACACGCAUUUUGGGGCUGGAGGGUACUCCAGAAGGUGUCGAGGACCAAGGAAAGCUUACUCGUGUUGCAGCUUUUCCUAUAGGUAUCGAUCCUGAGAGGUUCAUUUCAGCUCUAGAAACAGAGCAGGUGAAGCUCCAUGUGAAGGAGUUGUUGCGUUUCUUUGCAGGCAGGAAGGUGAUGUUGGGUGUUGAUCGUCUCGAUAUGAUUAAAGGGAUUCCCCAGAAGCUGCUCGCAUUUGAGAUGUUUCUGGAAAAGAAUCCUCAAUGGCGCGAGAAAGUGAUGCUUGUCCAAAUUGCUGUGCCAACCCGAACAGAUGUUCACGAGUAUCAACGUUUGACCAGUCAGGUCCAUGAAAUAGUUGGACGUAUAAAUGGUCGCUUUGGAACGGUUACUUUCGUGCCCAUCAAUCACUUGGAUCGAUCUUUGGCUUUCCACGAAUUGUGUGCUUUGUAUGCCAGCACAGAUGUGGUGUUGGUGACUUCGUUGCGAGAUGGGAUGAAUCUUGUUAGCUAUGAGUAUGUUGCCUGCCAGCAUAUGAAGAACACUGAAGGUGUACUCGUAUUAAGUGAGUUUGCAGGAGCAGCCCAGUCUUUAGGAGCUGGGGCUAUACUUGUGAAUCCUUGGAAUAUAAGGGAGAUGUACAAAGCUAUCGAAGAGGCUCUGACAAUGAGUGAUGAGGAAAGAAAGGAACGGCAUCGUCACAACUUCACUCAUGUUAUGACCCACACGGCUCAGGCCUGGGCUGUUAACUUUGUCAGUGAGCUGAACGACACCUACGUGGAGGCUGAGCUUCGAACGCUGAAUGAACCUCCAGUUUUACCAGUCGAUACUGCCAAGGAAAGUUUUCGGAGGUGUACUAAUCGAUUACUUAUUUUUGGUUUCAAUUCGACCAUCACUGCUGCAGUGGAAGCUCCACGGCGGGAUCAGAUAAAGGAAUCCAAGUUGGGUUUACACCCAGGCAUGAAAGACUCCCUCAAGACUCUUUGCUCUGAUCCCAACACUGACGUUGUCAUCCUCAGUGGUAGCAGGCUGGAUGUACUGGAAGAGGUCUUUGGAGAAUAUGGAAUUUGGCUCGCAGCUGAAAAUGGAAUGUAUUUGCGUGAUCUUAGUGGUAAUUGGAUGCCCACUAUGGAGCAUUUGAACAUGGAUUGGAAAGAAUAUGUGCAGCGUGUAUUUGAUUAUUUCUGCCAAAGAACGCCACGAUCUUAUGUGGAGAAACGAGAGACAUCUUUGGUUUGGAAUUAUAAGUAUGCUGAUGUGGAUUUUGGGAAGGUCCAAGCUCGAAACAUGCUCCAACAUCUAUGGACAGGUCCGAUCUCUAAUGCAGCCGUGGAUGUUGUUCAAGGGCAAAAGUCGGUGGAGGUUCGACCCAUCGGUGUUUCGAAGGGUGCUGCAAUCGAUCGGAUCGUAUUUGAAAUCUUACGUAACAAAUAUCCUAAUGGUUCAUACACAUCAAAUAUUCAGUUUGACUUUGUCAUGUGCGUGGGCCAUUUUUUGAGCAAGGAUGAAGAUGUGUUUGCCUAUUUCGAUCCGGAGAUAGUACUCCAUAGAGAUUAUCGUUGCAGCAAUGGAAAGAUGGAAAGGAACUUAGAUCCACGGUUGCCUGCCAAGUCAUAUGAUCGCGUAUCAUCCAAAAGUAACAAAACAAGCGUGGUCCGGACUAAGACCUACCCACUUAUUUCUCCGGAUCAUAAUGGGUCUCAUUCCAGUUCUUCGCAUUCAAGAUCGAACAGCUCCAAAGACGGCAGUAUCUAUUCGUACUCUGAUAGAGACCUGAUGGGAGACCUGGUGAAUGUGUCGUCAGAUACGUACAUCUCCUGUGCAGUGGGAAAGAAACGUUCAUCCGCCCGAUAUUAUUUGGAUACAGUAAACGAGGUCGUCUCAUUUGUUAAGUCACUUGCUGAUGCGUGUCCCUGUGAAUUGGAUUCAGAAGAUCAAUCGGUGUUAUCGGUCGGUUCAGGGUCUGGUCCUCAUGUGUCCCCAUGUUCUGCUGAUUCGUUGCCUAACGGAAUCCCUAGGCAUGAUUUAUGAAUUACAGUAAAACCAUUUUUUUGAUAUGUUACUGGUACCAGUACCAGUAACGCUACUCCAACUUGCAAGAUUCAAUCUACUUUGCAGUCACUAUCUCUCCUUACAUGGCGUUAUGUCAGCUUCAGGCCUGGUUGUUUCCUGAAAGAAGUACAUGCUGUGGCAAAUGGAAUGUGUCUGGAGUUUAUCAAAGAUGAGGUAUCCAAUGCCUGGGGUGUUGAGCUCAGUGCCUAAACCAUCCUUGGUAAGUGUUGUACUAUUUUCUCAUUUUCCAUCAUUACUUCCUAAAUGUAAAUAAAGUAGAGUUACCAUUUCGGUUAAAUAUGAGGAUACUUUGCCAUCAGGUGGAGUUGGAUAUGGAGGCCCUUAGCAUAGAGCUAACAUUGAUUUGCACAUGGGGUGCCUUUCUGCACAGUUGUAGCCAGCAGGCAUCAUUGAAUAUCUUGUAUAAACAUAUCUUGUGAUGAUGUUUUGAUA